AUGUCGUUCGACGACUCUGGUUCGGGUUCGCCGCAAAUGUUGCGCCCACCCUUGCAAUCAGCGGGUACGGAAUGGAAGAAUAUCCAGCAAAACACGUUUACCCGCUGGGUUAACAGUCACCUGCAAAAUGCUUCGACGGAGAUUCAGGACUUGCAAACCGAUUUCUCUGACGGUGUGAAGCUGAUCAAACUGGUUGAGGUGCUGGCCAAACGUCCUUUGGGCAAAUAUUGUUCGACGGUCAGAUUCCGUCAUCAGCAAUUGGAGAAUGUGUCCCUAGCCCUCAAUUUCCUACAAGACGACGAAGGCAUCAAGAUCGUCAACAUCGGUUUAACUUUUUGCAAGUGCUCGAUC